GUGGUUAUGGUGCAACCGCGUUAAAUAUGAAGCGGGAUCCCCUGAAACUCAAAACUGGCGAGGCUGAAUUUCCUCUAACACUUGGUCGAGAUGUCUCUGGUGUUGUUAUGGAAUGUGGACUGGGUGUGUCCUAUUUCAAACCUGGAGAUGAGGUGUGGGCAGCAAUUCCCCCGUGGAAACAAGGCACUCUGUCAGAGUUCGUGGUAGCUAGUGGAAACGAGGUAUCUUUUAAGCCAAAAUCUCUCAGUCACACAGAAGCUGCUGCCUUACCAUAUGUUGGUCUCACUGCGUGGUCUGCACUUAACCAAGUGGGAGGACUGAACCAAAGUAAUUGUAGUGGGAAAAGAAUAUUAAUAUUAGGAGCUUCAGGAGGAGUUGGUACAUUUGCUGUACAGCUAAUGAAGGCCUGGGAUGCUCACGUGACAGCAGUUUGCUCUCAUGAUGCCAGCACACUGGUGAAAAAGCUUGGAGCAGAUGAUGUGGUUGAUUAUAGAUCUGGAAAUCUGGAAGAGCAUCUUAAAACAUUACCCUUGUUUGAUUUUAUCCUAGAUAAUGUUGGUGGAUCCACUGAGAAGUGGGCACUAGAUCUCUUGAAGAAAUGGUCAGGAGCAACAUAUGUUACCUUAGUGACACCUUUUCUGAUCAAUAUGGACAAACUUGGAGUGGCUGAUGGCAUGCUGCAAACAGGAGUCACUGUUGGUUCCAAAACUCUAAAGCAUCUCCUUAAAGGAGUCCAUUAUCGGUGGGCAUUUUUCAUGCCAAGUGGCCCAAGUUUGGAUGAAAUAGCAGAACUGGUUGAUUCUGGAAAGAUGUUCCAGCACAGGCACCCAUAGGAAGAACAACUGCAUGCCUAUAUUAAUGUAAUUUGUGAGUAGUAUUGAUUAUACAUUUUGCUGAAAUCACUAGAUGCUUUGGACUUUGCACUUGCUGUUAUGGUUUGGAGACCAGGAUGCUGACUGUUCUUUGGACCUGCUGCUGUCUUCUUUUGCAGUGGUGAACAAAUCACAUAACCUUUUGCUACCAUAAUUUCUUGAUGUACUAAUGAGGGCUAAUGCCCUUUAUUCACCUUUGGUGAUUUGCUCUGAGAUACCUUGUUAAAAUGAGGAAUUGAAUUGCUUCCGGUUCCUAGGUAUUUCCUAUUCAAGAAGGAAAUAACACAAAUGCAUAUGGUCAUCCACUUUGACAUACCAUGGGUUCUGAGAGUUGUUUGGAUGGCCAUGAUUUAAGAUGGCUUACACCUACUGCUAAUGUAGGUCAUCACAGCUUCUGGACUCUGUAUGUGUGUAUUGAUUUGCUUCCAAUUCAUCUUGUCACAGUUCUGCAAAUAACUACUUCCUGGCCCUUAUUGCACUCUUGUUGCAUUUCUCUCAGCUGUAUGAAUAUCAAACUGAGCCCUUGAAUGUUCUCCAAACAUGGCAUCUAUAGAUCUGGCCUUCUCUACAGUAAUUCCAGGCUUUAUGACUGUGCUAAGUUAUCCUAAGAUACCUGAGGAUUCACCCUUGUGUGGUGCCUGCUUUAGUCUCCCUUAAAAAAGGCACUAGGGUGCCUAAUUAUAGGGGUUUCUACACUUAAAUGUCUCAAUAAACUAGAGAUUAGUCCUUCUCCCUACUCUUUAGUCACUCACACUUGUUCUGAUGACUGUCUUUCUUCAUACUAAAUUGCGAAAGUUGCACCUUUUUUAUUUUUUUGCAUUUAAUUUUGUGUUUUCCUGUUGCAGUGCAUUUGCUUGGCAGGUUGGUUGGCUAGAGCACAGAGAUGUUGACCACGGAGGGGUUGCCAAAAGCUCUUUUCAGCCCUUUCUCUUCCAAAAAGAAGCUCUAUCUGCAUUUUGUCACAGCCACCAAAAAAAAAAGCCACUGUGAUUUUUAUUAAAUCAUACCUGUUCCUGUUCCUCCAGGACAUGGUGGCUUGCUUAUGCUCCUUAUGUAAGUGCUGUGUGGUUACAUCACAAAGUGUCUGUGAAGGGCAACUAAUGGAAAUUUUGCAUUCUGUGGGAAAAUAGGAUUUCAGUAUGUAGAUUCACUUACACCACAAUGAGAUCUGGAAAAAAUUCAUCACCAUCUUCCAGGCAUUUAAUUAGAUGUGUUCCCUUAACCUGAUCUAAUUGUAAAUUGUGUGGAAAGUUAGUCCUGGUGUUCCGAGCUCUGGCCUCCUGGUGUAGGAGGGAAUUGUGACUAGUGCAGGGGUAACGUGCAGACAAGGCAGCCCUUGUCUGCUGUGAGUUUAGUUUACUGAGACUGGGAAGAUGUGGAUUACGAAGGACUAAUCUUCUAAUCUCUGUAUGUGAUAUGAUUUCACAUGUAAAUAUGUAUUUCUGUUUAACUGUAUGGAAGUUGGUUGUCUUAAGUAAAUGGUGAUGUUUACCCAGAUUGCUUUAAUUACCAGCAUAAAUAUCAGAACAACUACCAAGAAUGUGCCUUACCAGGGAUUCCAGAGGAGAUUGUGCUUUCCUUUAGAUAACAGUUUUUCAGCAUGGUCCAGUACGUAGCUAAACCCAGGAUCUUCCUUAUUUUUAUUGAUUUAAGAUUGGGCUAGGCUAGCACACAGUGCAGUUCUGGGCUUGUUCCAGUUUCUUACUGCUCUUCAUUGUGUUCUGUAGAAGCUGUUCUGCCAGGGCUAAUUAACAAAUGAGAUUUUGAAGCCUUUUCUACACUCUGAGCUGUACCCUGAUAGCCUGCUUAGCUGGGGAUUUGUAUGCUAGCAUUUUAAUAAUUGUACAUGAUGUUCAUGAGUUCCUGUGGGCUGCUUUUAGAGAUUUGCUAUGAAAAAUGUCCUUUGUCUUAAUAACCAAACAAGUAAGACCUGAUAAUACAGUUGUUGGUAAGGUGGCUGUGGGAUUAGACCCUGGGACACUUGCCUUCCAUUCCCAUGCCUUAAUCACUGCAACAGUUUUUGUUAUGGGUGUAUUGUUAGAUCAGUUUUACUUCUGUUAUGUAUUUGGGACAGAAAUAUAAUGUACCUGAUGUCCUUUAAUGUGCUCAUGGAUGAUAGUGCAUAUUCUCUGAAAUAAAAGUUAAUAAAAAACACAGCAAGGAAAGUUUUAUAAAAUAUAUUCAAAGAUGAGGCUCUGAGCAAUCUGGUCUAGUGGAAUGUGUCCCUGCCUAUGACAGGGGCAGUUGGACUGAAUGGCCUUUAAAAGUCCUUUCCACCCCAAACCAUCCUACAAUUCUACGCUGGUACUGUGCAGUUGCAAAGCUACCUGUGCAAGAUGUGACCAGAGCCAGCUGCUGUAGAAGGUAAGAACUUCAGCCUUUGUCUUCAGUGAGGGCUGACUCUAGAACUUGCUGUUGGCAAGCAAUAUGAGGAUUGGCAUACUUUGUUGCAUGCCAUUUUAAGGAGAAGAAAGAAGUGAGAUUAAGAUGCAAAGAGCAUGGAACAUGAGUACAGCAGAGAAGAUGCUCAGCUAAAGUAGGAGUGUCCCAAAACAGCAUCUUUUUUCCCCAUGGGAUGACAAUAAAGUAAUAAAUGGAUAACCAAUUUUAGUUCCAGGACAAGGACUGUUCUUUUUAAUGAUUUUUCUUCAUUACUGUUGUUGACAUUGGUGAGAGAUUCACUAAAGGCCAAAGGAUCAAGCACUGCAUUUGUGCUCAUGGAUUACAUUUAGGCCCAGUGGUAAUUUCUGGAGGAAGACAGCCUUUAUCUUUUAACUCAGCUAGUCAAAACAGCAGCCAGAUCUUUUCCAUUACAGCAAGCCCUCAGGAGGAUUUUUAUGUCUACUGGAGCUUUUGUUCUGUGUGCAAGUACCUUUUCUAAGGGUGGUGUACGGGAGCCCUGAGCAGCCUCACCAAGGUGUAGGAAGGGGAUGUGCAGUGGGAGGCAGCAGCUGGGAGGGAGGCACUCUCACAAGCAAGGCUGCCCGGCAGCUCUGACACGGCCAUCCUUUGCAGACCUGGAAGAGAGCCAGUGCACUGUCACUGUCCUUUGAGUGAGGGCACUUUUGUCCUGCGCUCUGAACUAGGCUUGCGCUCAGUUCCUCGCUCUCCUGAGAAUUUCAAGGCUCUCGCUCUCCCUCCAGUGGCAGGAAAAAGCUGCGCAUCUACUGGAGUGACUUCUUGUUACCAUGAGGGUCAAAGCCGUCUCCAUUCCUUUUGUGUUUUCUCACUUGUUCUCUCCUGAUAAAUUCAAACUGUGCCCUUGAUACCGCAGAAAGUGGGACCUCUAAGGGUGGGCCUGAAUUUGCCAUGAGCAGGAGUGUGUUCCUGCUGACUAGUGCUGUUCACUGCCUGCUACAUUCAGAGCUGGAGUGGCUGGGAUAGCACCUCUGUGUUCUGUGCAGGACAGCCUUAAUCAGCAUCAGCAACUACUCUUUUUAUUUUUCCAAGCACAUGAAUUCAUUCCAAGAGACCCGAGAUUCAUUUCUAUAGUAUGUCCUGCAUUGGAGAGAAUGAAGAGGAAGAAAAUACCUUUCAGGCCCAAUCUGUUUUCAGAUAAACAUUUCAAUGUGGGUAUGUGUAAUCCUUUCUCUCCCAGACUUUAGUUUAAUCCCUUUUCCCUGAACAAAUAGGUGUCCUCUGGCAAGGAACUGAUGCGUGGCUGUAAAUAGGCAGUGUUUUUAUUAUCCAGUUAAUCUCCAUUUAUUAUCACACAUUCAACAAACAGCAGACUCUCCCCUACUUGUUUGUCUGUUCACAGGAAGAAAUUUUAUCUUAGUCAGUGGAUUAUGGUAAAGGCUGAGUGAAUCACUGUGCUGCAACACGGUCAGCCCUUUCAGGGUUAUUCAAACAAUGGGACUGUCCAGCCAGCCAGAUAAAAUGUUUAAUGCUCUAAAUUGCCAAGAUCAUCAAUUCGGUAUUCACAUCUCUCUAUAGCACUGCCUAAAGCCAGCGUUUAAAUGAAGCUAGAGGUUACAUCAAUGUAGCAGAUGGGCUUUGAGCAUGUGGUGGCUGCAAUACACACGGUGCUUUGAACUGUGAGGAUGAAUUCAGGGCUCCUCUGAAUCACUGUGUCACCACUUUUCAAAUGCACUGCUUUGAACUCUACCCAAUAGGCUGAGGAUGUAACAUACCUCUGUCAGGGUUGUAAGGUGCAACCUACAGUAAGGGACUGUGGGUUAGCAGGACAGCGAAGUGUCUUGUUCAUGUUUUCUCAGUUGCUGCACGUGUCUGAAAUUAACUUCUGCUUUUCCCUGGAAUCCCUUGCACUUCGCAUCCCCUGUGCUGGUGCUCUGCUUUCUUCCCUGAAUACUUUUCCUCUCCUCCUAGCCUAUUACUUUGUCAGGG